CACGAAGAAGAAGUUUUCCCGCCGUUCGGAAUUACCGGAAGUGAGGCACAGAAACUGGAGCACAACAGAUCUGUGCGCUUUUUUCGCGAGUAAUAAUAAUAAUAAUAAUUAUUUUUUAUUUGUUUUAUUUUUUUUUAUCUCUUCUGGACAAUUUAUUCGGCUUCAGAAUGCGUGGGGAUGAGACUGAUUCUGACUCUGGCAGAUCAGAUGAAGGCGGUUCGAUUCAGAGGAGCCUGGAAACGCUUUGUCAAGAAUUAAAUAUGGACGAAGAGACGGCGGAGGAGUCGCUGAGGAACUUUACUUCUAUCUGGAACACGUAUACUCUGGAGGGUGAGGUGGUGCACUGGUUGGCCUGCUCUCUGUAUGCAGCCUGUAGAAAAACUUUGACUCCCACUAUAGGUAGUGGCAUGGUGGAAGGCAAUUGUGUCUCUCUCACCAGAAUACUACGUUCCUCCAAACUCAGCCUGAUCCAGUUCUUCAGCAAGAUGAAGAAAUGGGCAGACAUGUCAAAUCUCUCGCAGGAUUUCCGUAACCGCAUAAGCUGUCUCGAGAGGAAUUUUGAAGUUUCGACUGUAAUCUUUCGGAAAUUCGAGCCAAUAUUUUUGGACAUGUUCCAAAAUCAUCAAGGUGAACCUCCACGGCAGCCAAGAGGCAAGAAGCAUAGGCGUCAUCUCUGCCACACCAGUGAUGUUUUCAAGUUCUGUUGGACGCUGUUUGUGUACACCAAAGGCAAUUUCCAUAUGAUUGGAGAUGAUCUGGUCAACUCAUAUCAUCUCCUGUUGUGCUGUCUGGACCUGGUCUAUGGUAAUGCUUUACUCUGUGCCAACAAGAAAGACCUCAUCAAUCCAUAUUUCAAAGGCUUGCCAACAGAUGGCGGGAGCGCGGAGGAGGCUCAGUCCGUGCUUGAGCAUUUGUGCAACCUGCACGAUGGUCUAGUCGUUGAGGCGAAAGGGAUAAAGGAGCACUACUUUAAACCUUACAUCAGACGUCUAUUUGAGAAAAAAAUUCUUAAAGGAGACAAGGACACGCUUACUGAGUUGCUGGAUUCUCCAAACUUCCAAGACAAUAACAAAGCCUUAAAUCGUGAAUAUGAAGAAUAUGUCCUGACUGUGGGUGAUUUUGAUGAGCGGGUUUUUUUGGGUGCUGACGCUGAUGAGGAGAUUGGCACACCAAAUAAAAUGACCCCUAAGCCUCCAUCUAGUCAGUUAUCAACACAAAUGCAGGUCGAGAACAACCUUCAGCAGCACUUUGAGAAGAUGCGUUCGCUGGCCCCUUCCACUCCACUUACAGGGCGUAGGUACCUGAAGGAGAAGGAGGUACUGAUCACACCUGUCUCUUCAGCUACUCAAAGUGUGAGUCGCCUGCAGAGCAUGGUGGCUGGCCUCUGCAAUGCCCCUACUGAUACCCUGCUCCAGAUCUUCAAGUCUUGUUCUUGUGACCCCACUGAAGCCAUUUUAAAUCGUUUGAAGAAGCUAGGAGAGGCUUUUAAACAGGCCUACACCAAACAAACAGAUGAUCUUCAGGGAGCCCACAUGGACUUUGCAGAAAACCGUCUGAAGAUAGCUGAAAUACUGUAUUUUAAGAUUCUGGAGAAUGUUAUGGCUCAAGAGAUUAAGAGACUCCAGGGUAAAGAUAUGACUGUGCUGUUAGAACAGGAUGUGUUCCACUGUUCUCUUUUGGCCUGCUGUCUGGAGGUUGUGCUAUUUGCCUACAGUUCUCAACGAACCUUCCCUUGGAUUCUAGAAACCUUCCAGCUUAGACCAUUCUACUUCUACAAGGUGAUCGAGGUAUUUAUCCGCUCUGAGGAGGGCCUCUCUAGAGACAUGGUGAAGCACUUAAACGUCAUAGAAGAGCAGGUGCUGGAAAGCAGGGCUUGGACCAAAGACUCAGUACUUUGGGAAGCAUUAGAGAAUGCGAAUUACGAAGUCCCUACUGUAGCUGAGGUAAAUUUUCCUAGUAGUCUUGAUUCAGGCCGCAACAACAGUAGUGGGGGCCCCACCCACCUUCCUCUAGUGGCUCUGUCACCAAUCAUGCACCCUCGUCUCCGAGAGGUCCGCACUGGCCUGGGCUCAAGUGCUCGCAAAGAUGCUCCUCCAUCUCCCAUCUCUCUCCAUGACCGCUUCAGUUCUCCUGCAGCAGGCAGUGCCAAAAGGCGUUUGUUUGGUGAUGAUCCUCAACCUCAGUCUCCAGUGAAGCGAAUAUCUGUCACUCCUGUCAAAAUCAUACCCAACACCUCUACAGAAAACAACCAGAACACGACCACAGCAACUGUCCUCUCCAUGGCUACUACUAAUGGCCAGCAGCUCAACAUCCCUUUGCCAGUGAUGAAGAAUGACCUGGGAAGUAUCACGGUAAUCCAGGUACAAGCAAACCAGCUGACCCCCCUUACAGCCCAGGUGCUGCUCACCUCCCCAAACAAAGCCCCUGAGGUUCAUACACAGCCAACCAACAAACCACGCCGCACAGGAUCCCUUGCACUCUUUUUCCGCAAGGUCUAUCAUUUAGCAAGUGUGCGUCUCAGAGAUCUAUGUCUAAAGCUGGACAUCUCUGCAGAGUUAAGGGGCAAAAUCUGGACAUGCUUUGAGCAGUCUUUGGUCCACUGUACAGACAUGAUGAAGGAUAGACAUCUGGAUCAGCUCUUGCUCUGUGCAGUCUACAUCAUAUCCAAGAUCUCAAAAGAGGAGCACACUUUUCAAGACAUAAUGAAAUGUUAUCGGAGUCAGCCUCAAGCAAGCAGCCAUAUAUACCGCAGUGUGCUGCUGAGGAAGAGAGUCCACGAACAGCAAACUGAUGACACAAUGGAAGUUGAUCCACCAACAGAACAAACCAAUGGAAGGACAGAUCAAGGUGCCAAAGCUAAGGCUGACAGCGAAUCGGACGAGGACAGGGGUGACCUCAUCCAAUUCUACAAUUCUGUUUAUGUUCUGAAAAUGAAAUCUUUUGCACUCAGAUAUGCUCAUCCAGCAGCUGAUAGUAGAGUGAAUGCGCCACCGUUAUCUCCAUUCCCCUCACUGCGAGCUCAGCCUCUCUCCCCACGGCGAAUAUCUCAGAGACACUCCGUCUAUCUGUCUCCCCACAAAAAUGGAUCCUGCCUCAAACCCAGCUCUGCCUACACAUACAAGUUCACUGGCAGCCCAUCUAAGGAGCUGAGUGACAUCAACCUAAUGAUCCGUCAGGGAAGCAUGAGCAAGAAGAGAGCUUUUACCAUGGAGGGAGAUGAGACAGAGUCUCCCACCAAACGUUUGAGCCAGGAGAGUGAGGAUGUGCUGCUCAAGCGCCUGCAGGAUGUUGUGACUGAGAGAGCCAAUCACUGACCGAUCAUGCAUAUCUUCCCAGUCAGUGAUGAAGUUGCAGCUCCCAAAGUUUGUAACAUUCACAGACCUAUUACAAUACAGCAUGACCUUUAUAACCAAAGAGCAACUCACAGAGCUGCCCAGGGUACUGAGCCAGUGGACCAUGAUGGACAGUCUAUAGUAGAAACCUAAAUUGUGGGCUUUGGUGGGAUUUCGGGUUCCUUGAAAAGUAUGGUAAGUACUUGAGCAUUCAUUUCAGUCAUUCUCAAAUGGCAGCAAAAUAAAUUAACACCACAUGUUGUUUAACCAGACACUGUACUUUAUCUUGCCCCUGUGGUAUCUCAAGCAUGGUUCACAGCACUCUGGGUGAAAAACAUCACACACUAUUAACAGGGCAUAAUUGAUUAUUUUAUUGAGCAAAUCAUUAAUGUUCAAGCAUUGUCCUUUGUGCUGCAAACACAUGUAGCACUGUAUUGUGCUGUGUAGUAUCUACACAUCAGAGUAUUAUUUUUUAUCCAAGUCACGUUAUUCCACUCAGGUGGAGAAAUUUGUCUUCUGAUGUAUACCGAUCAGCCAUAACAUUUAAAAAAAAAACCUCACAGGUAAAGUGAAUAACAGUGAUUAUCUUGUUACAGCAGCAGCUGUCAAGAGGUGGGAUAUAUUAGGCAGCAAGUGAACAGUCAGUUGACGAAGUUGAUGUGUUGGAAGCAGGGAAAAAGGGCAAGUGUAAUUAUCUGAGAGAUUUUAACAAGGGCAAAGUUGUGAUUGCAAGACGGGUGGGUCAGAGCAUCUCCAAAAUGGCAGGUCUUGUGGGGUGUUCCCUUUAUGCAGUGGUUAGUACAUACCAAAACUGGUCGAGGGAACGACAACUGGUGAUCCGGCAACAGGGUCAUGGGCGCCCAAGGCUCACUGAUGUACAUGGGGAGUGAGGGCUAGCCUGUCUCGUCCUGUCUACUACUGAGAGCUGUUGUAUUGCUGAAAAAGUUCAUGCUGGCUUUUCUAGAAAGUUGUCAACACACAGUGCAUCACAGCUUGCUGUGUAUGGGGCUACAUAGCCACAAACCGGUCAGGGUGUCCAUGCUGUGGGAAGAAGGCAAGCCAGCAGAGGCAUUGUGAUAUUGAAGCCGGUGUGAUACUCUGGGUAAUGUUCUGCUGGGAAACCUUGGGUCCUGGCAGUCAAGUGGAUGCUACUUUGACGUGUCACCUACCUGAAAGUUGUUGCAACCCAGUACACCCCUUCAUGCCGACGGUAUUCCCUAAUGGCAGUGGUCUCUUUCAGCAGCAUAAUGCACCCUGCGAAUCUGCAGAAAUUGUUCAGGAAUGGUUUGUGGAAUAUGACAGAGGUCAUAGUGUUGAUUUGGCUUCCAUAUUCCCCAGAUCUCAAUCUGAUUGAGCAUCUGUGGGAUGUGUUAAACAAACAAGUCCAAUCCAUGGAGGCCCCACUUCACAACUUACAGGACUUGAAGGAUGCACUGCUAAGGUCUUGGUGCCAGAAACCACAGCACAGCUUCAGAGGUCUUGUGGAGUCCAUGCCUCGACUGGUCAGAGCUGUUUUAGCAGCACAAGGGGGAUGGAUGUAUACAAUAUUAGGCAGGUGGUUUUAAUGUUAUGGCUGAUCAUGUUAUGUACAUCAUUAAUAGAGUUGGUAUAUAAUGUCAUACCAUUCUAACCUUAAGCCUUAGAUGCUUUGGCUUGAACAAAGUGAGUGUUUACAUGGUCUUUAAUUGUGGUCUCUGUGAUUCUUAUAAAUAUUUUUUCUUGUUUUGUUUCCACUGUAAUCGAGCAAGUAAAUAUUUUUAAAACCUCCAUUUAUUAAUUUUAAAUUUUCUCAGGAACAGUCUUUAAUCUUUGGACAUUAAUCAUUUUAAGGUGAGAAUCGAGCCUUAUCCUUCAGAGGAAAACUAACUGUGGGGGUGUGGUGAUAAUGUUUGUUACAUAUUGCUGUUUGUUGUUCAGAUUUUUUUUUUGACUGUCUUGGAUACAUGCAGCCAAUAAAUUAUUAUUGAUUAAA